AUGCUCCGGGAAGAGCUUCUCCAGUCUAAGAACGAUGAGAUCGCACGUUGUUUGUUGUCGCGGAAGCGCAAAUUGAGCGAGCUCUACUUUGCGACCGUAGGCUUCGCGGGCGCGACCGAGAGCGCUUCGGCGGACCCGUUAUAUAACCAGAAAGAACAGGCGUUCCUCGACGCCAACGACCUCUCCAAAGGCCAUUUCUUCAACGAAGCUACGCUACCGCCCUUCUCUAACUAUGCAGCGCUCCGACAACGCGAGAUCAAGGAAACAGCACCGCCUGCUGAGGUGCCGUCUGAAUCAAACAAUGCCACCCCAAUCAGUCCACCGGCAGGAAGGCCCUCUGCUCCUCAGCCUGUCGCGAGCACAGAUCGUCCGAAAGCACAAGCCCAGCAGCUACCAGACCAGAAGCCCGCGACUCCUGCGCCAGAACAAUUGAAAGCGACCCAACUUCCUACUCAACCCCCACCGGCCAUCGCAUCUGAGACACCCCAAGGACCCGAGGUAUCCACACCAGUAGCUGACAAGCCGACGGAGUCUGAUUUCGAACUGAAGAUACCUCAGUCGAUUCCCCAGAGACCAACGAGUACCCAAGGCCAGGAAGGCGCAGUGGGUGAUGUCUCGCCAGCUCAAUCGAAACCGAAUCGCGCGGUCGAUGCUGCUCCGGGAAGCAGUGAAGUGUCAUCCCUGCGCAAGGACCUCGGGAAACGGUCGUCUGUCACUACUGGAAGCCAAGUUCACGUUGAGCAGCCGCUCUCUCCCAUUUCCUCGGGUGGUCCCUACUCCAGCAACACGCCUAUUCCCGCCGGCGCGUCUCCAGAUACAAGCCCUGCUGAGGAUUCGAUCGAGACUUCGAACAACGCUGUUCCAGAACAGAAACCUGAAACGCCUGCCCAAGCUCCCCCAACGCUGGUUCCUUCCACACCGGAUGAACAGCUUCGCCUAGAGGAGGCCCAGUCACUCCAGCAAAACACUCUUGCGGCGAGUAAGGCCAUUGGGGAUGACGAUGAUGAUUUACCCUCAACAAACGAAGUGAUCCAGGAGAAUGUUGUUCCGGCACUGGGAGGUCCCGAAGAUUCGUCGAAAAAGCGCGAAGAAUCAGUAUCUGCACCCGCACCACCCGAGCCUAUUAAACCUGAGGGAGCGAUUGCAGCCGCUGAGGAAUCGCCCGCUUUGAGUCAACAGAAGCCCGUGCAGACUACAUCUCCGGUCGAGCCAACCGCAGGGCCAGCAACUCCGCUAUCGAAGAAAGACACUCCGCCCGCCCCGUCAGUAUCGUCCCAACCCGAGAGAAUGAUAACUAGAGUAUCCUCGGGCGCCAUCAGGCACAAGUCAGUGUCUGAGAUCCUUGGAGAAACCCCGAAAUCAGCUCUAUCACCCCUCGAUAAAGGCCAUGCUACUGAAAAGCCCGCCGACGGCACACGAUCUGCCUCUGAUUCUUCGUCCACCUCUGCAGCUAAGAUGCGCCUCAAAGACCGAAAAGCACGAGAGAAAGAACGGAGCAAGCUGUCCACAGUUGUGUUUCCGAAGCAACCACCGCAACCAGACAAAAAUGACUCGAUGGAUCUUAUUCGUCAGCAGUCCGGUGAGCUUGCUAGGCUAAAUGAGGAGCAAGAUUACCUUUACAUUCUGUUUCAAAACAGGGCUUAUACUCCACCUCGAGGCUCGACUCUUAACACUCUAUUAGCAUCCGCGCAUAAAACAUUGACAACCGAAAACCACCUCCUUGAGUAUCAUGAACAAAUGGACAGUCGCACCUUGCGGCGCAUCUACGCUCUUCAAAAUGCGAAUAGAUGGCCUUUGCGCCAACUCAAGCGAUCCGUGGAGCCACCUCGCCAGGGCUCUCAUUGGGAUGUUCUUUUGGAUCAUAUGAAGUGGAUGCGUACCGAUUUCCGAGAAGAGCGAAAGUGGAAGAUCGCCGCCGCAAAAAGCUGCGCGGACUGGUGUGCGGAAUUCGUCAAUAGUGAUCAAGAACAUCGGUCUUUGCUUCGUGUCAACGCCAGAAUUUCAGCGCCGAAAUUGAAGGAAGCCACCGAAUCAAAUAUUAUGUCGCCUCCAGACGAGACCGGCGAUGAAGUGCUUGGAAUAUCCCAUCCCACUCCGGAUCUAGUCCCCUCGAUGGAGGACGAUUCGCUUAGCGAGGGUUACAAUGACGAGCCUCGUCAUGAUCUUCAUGAUAUUGUUGCGCCAGCCGCAAUAUUCUCGCUUGGUUCCGAUGAGUUUAAUUUCUCUCUCGAUAUGACACCGGCAGCCCAGAAGCUCUUGGAUGAAUUGCCAAUCUAUGCCCCCGUCAAUCUCGCCCCUGAUACAAACCUUCCGGAGUUUAAAGAGCCCCCGGAUUCUUCCUGGAAGACCGAGCUCCUGCCUCUCUCGAAGUACGUACCAGGCAAAAUAGCGUUCAACGAAGAGGGACCGCCUCGCAAGCGGAGCCGGUAUGACUAUUCGCAGUACCAAUCAGACCCGGAGCAUCGCGUGUUGGAGCUUCCUCCAGAGCAAACCAAUGUAGCAUUAUUCCGGCCCGAGAAUAAGCACAUCCGUGAUCGGAUCCACCCGGGCCAUGGUUUCAGACCGCCGGCUGAGUAUAGCAUGCCAUCAGUGGGAUUUUUUGAGUCACGAAAUUCGUCCCAGUGGACCUAUGCGGAAGAUGAUGAAUUGCGCCGGCUUGUGAAGGAAUAUGCUUACAACUGGUCGCUCAUCUCAAGCUGCCUUACCCAUUCAUCUCAAUUCACCUCUGGGGCAGAGAGACGAACACCUUGGGAAUGUUUCGAACGUUGGGUUGGCUUGGAAGGAUUGCCAGCUGACUUGUCGAAGACACAAUAUUUCCGAGCUUAUCAUCAACGAUUGGAGACAGCGCAGCGCACCGUCUUAGCACAGCAGCAGGCUGCCCAACAACAGCAACAGCAGCAGCAACAACAACAGGGCAACGCCAACCCCCAGGCACCGCUGCCAGUCAGGAGAAGAACCACACAACCAGUUCGUGUUGAUCGGAGAAGAUCUUCUAAGCACCUCGCCAUGCUUGACGCAAUGCGGAAGUUGGCAAAAAAACGUGAAACAAUGCUGCAAAAGCAGCAACACGCUUCUCAAUUGGCAUCGCUUAGGAAAGUCAACGAAGCAAAUCAACCGAAGCCGCCACUGUCGACGCCAGCUGAGUUCAGUCGGCUGAAGUAUGAGCGGGAUGUGAAGCUGCAAGAGAGGCAAGAGCACUACCGCCAGCAAAUGAUCGCCCAGCAAAGAGCGAACUUGGCGGCUCAGCGCGCUGGUCAGAUUCCCAACCAACAACAAAUGAUGAAUGCUCCUGGGCGAAACCAGAAUGGUGUGCCUAACAACCCAGGAACCCCUGCAAUGCCCGGUGGUACACCGAAUGGGAUGCCGAAUGGAAUGCCUAAUGGACUACCGAAUGGACUACCGAAUGGAAUACCACCUGGGGUUGGAGUGAACUCAGGACGACCCCAAAUGCAAGGAAUGCCCGGUGGACCUGUGAAUAGCUCGGUACCUCCAAAUCCCAUGGCGAUGAAAAUGAUGCCGCAGUCCGGUAUGGCCCAGAAUGCAGGAAAUCGUACUACUCUGCCAAUGCAGACGUCCCCGGACAAUGCGCGAGUCCUUCGCGAGGCAAACCGUUUGCAGGAGCAACAACGGGUUCUGCAGUCUCGACAACAGCCGCAACCGCAACCGCCUCAACAAGCUCAACCCCAGCAUGCUCAGCAACAGUUCCACAACCAGCAGCAGUUUGUGCCACAGGGAUCGCAUUCUCCCAACUUGAAUAUGUCUAAUACCAAUGGUGCCCCGAACAACCCUGCUAUGAUGGCUGCUCUUCAAGCCGGAGGCGGCAUGCAAAGCCCAUCCUUCCCCAACGGCACACCUCAAGGCGUGUCGACCCCCUCUCCUCGCAUGGGCCAGCCCAAUCUCCUCUCAAACGGCGUUGUACCCACCAUCAGCAGCCUUCAAAAUCAGAUACAAAGGAACAAUCCAAACAUGACCCCUGAGCAGGUGAACAAACUUGCCACGGAUAGGUUGCAUCAAUAUCAGCAAUCGCGCAUGUCCCAAGUUGCCAUGACCGCUGCCGCCGGUAAUAUCGGAGCUGUCUCGGCCAAUUACCAAGUAUCUCACGAUGGCAACUUCCAACCUCCUCAAUCUGGCAUGAACGGGGGCCCGGGGAUGCAGGUACCGCAAGCACAAGGCUUUUCGCCCAUGAUGCGCGUGGCACAAAAUACGCAACAGGGCCGAGUUGGCGUCGGAAGCUCACCUGCUAUGAACGGAACGGUUCCCCAGCCUAGUCGAAGCGCAACGCCGCAGAAUCAACGCAGCGGUAGUGCACAGGCUGGACCCAUGCCUGGUUCAAGCAAGAGCCCCAAUCCACCGCAGGCACAGACUGCCGGGAACUAA